UAUUGUCAUUUACUCAUUUACAACAAUUGAUGAUAUUUUUCAAGGGAUUUGUUAAGAAGCCCCGAAUUUCUACCCACAUUUGACGCAGCAAUCUCAAUAAUAGUCGUAGCCAUAGGAAUAGAAGAUGCCCGUCCGAAAAUAUCGUAAUGAGACCCGUGAAGUUAGCUGCUGCAUGAAAUAUUUAAUAUUCGUUUGCAAUACUGCGUUAUGGAUGACCGGCCUGGUUAUUUUGGCAGCUGGUAUUUGGGCGUGGAAUGAAAAGGAUGCCUUCAGCAAUUUGAAUAAAAUUACAUUGUUGGUGUUAGAUCCAGCCUUUGUUCUUAUUUGCAUUGGUAGUGUUGCCUUUCUUAUUGGUUUUACGGGCAGUGUGGGUGCUCUACGUGAAAACACCUGUUUAUUAGGGACGUUUAUUAUAUUGGUGUGCGUUCUGCUUGUGGUAGAAGUAUGUUUUGGCAUUAUGUAUUUGGUUCUCAAGGACAAAGGCUGGAUAAAGGAUCAAGCCACUGAAGGAUUGCGUGCCUUCAUUAUUCACUACCGUGAAGAUCCUGAUCAACAGAAUCUCAUUGACUGGAUCCAGGAAGACUGGCUUCAGUGUUGCGGCAUCGAAGGACCCAAGGAUUGGGAUAGUAAUAAUUAUUUCAAUUGCUCCUCUAGUGCAAUAGGCAGCCGAGAGGCCUGUGGAGUUCCAUUUUCAUGCUGCCGUCGACAGACACAUGAAUUGAUAAAAAAUAAACAAUGUGGUUAUGAUGUCCGCAAGGAAGGAUACCCUGUUGAUAGACAUAUCUAUGAACGGGGUUGUUUAAGGGCUGGCGAGGAGUAUUUGGAAAUGCAUAUUGUUUCCAUUUGGAUAUAUAUAAUGCUAACAAUUUUUUGGCAGAAUUUUGAGAUUGCAAAGAUUAUUUACGAUAAAGGCUGUGUUCAAGCUGGAGAGGAGUGGAUGGAAAGAAAUCUUAUUUUAAUAUUAACCAGCGCUAUUAUUGCAAUCUUCUUUCAGAUCCUCUUUGUCAUAUUUACCCAAAAUCUACGAUCUGACAUUAAUGCUCAAAAAUCCAAAUGGCACUGACAAUUACCCAAUAUACCUUAAGAAAGGCUUGUUGCUGUCUGAAAGGGCAAUGUGCAUGCCUUUUCUAAUGUUUUUGUUUACGAUUUCGAUCUAUUUCUAUAGCUAUGUGGAAAUCCUGGAAAAAUCUGGAAACAAUGUUACUGAGUACGUAAGCAAAUCUAAUGUCUGUAAAAAAAUAAUUACGUUGCCAACUUUUUGAUAGUCUAACUUUGAAAACCUCUUGAAAAAUGAGAAACCACUAAGAAAUAAGUGAAAAACAAUCCAUAUUUUACAAAAUGUACUUAAACAACUACCUGCCCCUUAUCUUCUAGUUAUGUGUACCUAAUUGAAAAUCAAUGGUUAUGCACACGGUUGUGUAUUUGAAUGUUUGCAGUAAACUUUUUGGUGGAAAUUAUAAAAACAAAUAGCUUAGCAUCAAAAAAUUUAAAAAAACUUUGUAAUUUGAUUGAGACACUUUUUCUAACAUUUGAUCUAAUUUAUCCUUUUUACAAAUUCUAACAUAUGUAAGUUACAUAAUAUUCAGACUUGAUUUUAAUUGCUUCCUAUCGAUAGUAUAUGUGAAAAAAUUACUUCCUCUACAUUUUUAUUCAUCCGUCGCUACUUAGGCUCCCUCAAAGUCUAGAUUAGCCACCAUCGCGAUUUAAUUUGAUACGACCGUCCUCUCCAGGUGAUGUACAGCAUACGAAGUGUAAUAUUGAUCAACCAAUUUUUGUUAUAUCCGUGCUGACACUUAAAAUUUAGUUCCCUCUACCUGUUAUAUGAAAAUCCUGAUUUUAUUCUAACCUCGGUCGCUCCUUGUAUCUUCCGACAGGCCUUGACCUCUCGGGACCCUGAUUAUCCCCAUAAAUUGUGACAGUUUGAGAGGGCCGCCGCUCCUGACUAAGGAUCACUUUCAAGGCCAUGAGGAUUGCGAAAACCUUUGCCUGAAAGACACUGUACCCAUCCAGAAGUCUAUGUGCCUCCUUAAGUCCUAGGUAUUUAGCAAAAACCCCUGCCAUUAUCCAGCUUGGACCGAUCCGGGUAGAUAAAGGGCACAAAAAAUGGCGGACCAAAGCUCCUUCCCCAGGAAGAAAACAUCGCGAUAUCUUCUCGUGAACAAUACCAGCUGUCAUCCUGGGAUUAAUCCCAAGCUCAUUGACACUCGACUAACUCGACAGCUUACUCUGAAUACCAUUGAUAACCAGGAUCCACAGAAGGAAGGAUAAAUCCUCCUGGUCACAAUCUUCCUCAUCAAACACUCAGCCAGUAAUACAUUGAUAAAUUUACCUUUGAUUGUAACAUCAAUCCAGUUCACCAGAAGAGGGGACUCGCAUAUCAAACAGAGAACGGCGAAUAAACCCCCCAACUCAACGUUAUUAAAAGGCCCUUCUUUAUUCAAGAAGGCCGCCAAAGUAAAGUCGACUGUACCCAAGUUCCCCUCUAGGUAACCCACCACGUCGUAAAGGGCACUAUCGACAGGCCGACCCUUGGAGUAGUCGCAUGCAACAGUCUCUCGAGUGUCUUUAAGACAACAGACUGAUCGGCCUAAAGUUCUUGGGCCGGGAGUGACUCGGUUUACCAGCCACGGAAUUGUCGCAAAGCCAAGCAAAACGCAACCCUAAUAAAUCCCCCAGAAGCCUUAUGGCACACGGCCCGCCCUUCGCAGCACGGCAGGUGAUAUCCCAUCCAGUCCGAUCGACUUGUAGGGCUCGAACGAAUUAAUCGCCCAGAAUAUACUCCCCUUGUUUAUCAUUCCCUCAACCGACAGCGCCUCAGCACUGAUUUGUAUCCUAAGGACAUCCGUAACACGAAUGUCGUGUUUAACGUAUAUGGCUGCCAUCACGGCCGAAACCUGCGAGACCCAAGGGUGAAUACAAUGCGUUUACCAACGCCCCCACAUGUGGUAACCCACACAUGAGUACCAAUUUGAUCCCACAUAUUUGGACGUGUUCACCUGCUUGGUUAGGUGCGGAGCACUACCUAAGACACCUUCCGAUCUAUGGGUAACGCCACCCAGUUGAAAACGCAACUCCACGCUGGGCUUAUGCUCUACCCGCGAUUUGGGAACAAACCACAGCCACCACGUUGCUCCCCACUGGGGCCUCACCAUUGUCAGGCUGUAACCGACGUUCCAGGGGAUCCUGACACCCGUGGUACCAGAUUAAAGUCUUAGUCAGACUUCGUAGCCUUAAAAGACUACUACCAGUUGAACCCUUUAGCUUUCCCUAUUUUUUUUAUUAUAAAAAACAGGGUUUUCACUCUUUGAGGUAUCGUAAUUUAUGUUUGUGUUUAUAUAUAAU